UUAUACUCUGUAAAUCUGAUCAAAGAUGUUUUUAUAAUUUGUUAUUUUUAUAAAGGUUGUAGAAAAGAAACCUAGAAACAAGUGUUGUCUGUCAACAAUACGAAUUAUAAUACAAUGUAUAACUGUUAAACAAGAUAUAGCCGUAAAUUAUAGAAAUAAGGACAUAAUUAGUCCAAAUAACGAGAUGGAUAUUACACACUCACAUAACCAAAGUUAUUGGUUUGUCCUCAGAGAAGAUCAAAGCAAUGUUAUUUUCAGUAGCAAUAAUUUCGCUAUACAAAAUCCUCAGAGUAUGUAUAACACCAUGAAUUCAAGAUUUCCAGGCCAAGACACCAGGAGUGCUAUAGAGGCUCUUGAUAACAGGCAGUACAUACAAAUAAAUGAAGCCCCUUUACCAAUAUCUGAUGAACCUUUAGAGCAUUGUAACAAAGAUGCACUAGAGACCUUAAGAGAGGAAACAUUUUGGGAUAAGAACAAAAUAAAGUUAUUGCUCACACUCUGCCUUGACCAACGAUAUAAAAAUGUAAAUAAAGAUAAAUUUCUAUGGAAUGAAAUUGCUCUCAAUGUUGGAACUUCUCCAGGAGAGUGUGACAAGAAGUUUAGGAAUCUUAGAAGAACAUACAUUAGGUUGCUAAAAAAGAAAAGAUUAGGCAAAGAUAUAAAAUGGAUACAUUACAACAUUUGUGAAGAAGUAUUUAAAGAUUGUAAAUCCUUGUCACCCUCAAUACUGGAGACAUGGGAAGAUACCAAAAUAAGAAGGAUGCUCAACCUGUAUUUAGAAAAUAUUAAUAGAUUUCGAAACCCUGACUGCUUGCAGAAAGAUGUUUGGAAAGAAAUUGCUCUACAGUUGAAUACAACAGAAUACAAUUGCUACCACAAGUUCAAAAAUCUAAAAAGAACAUAUUUUAAUUGGUUGGAGAGAACCAGGGACACUGGAAAAUUAAUAAAAUGGCCUUACCGAAACUAUUUUGAAAGAAUAUUUUACAACUACAAUCCUAAUGUUGGCCCUUGGGAUAGGAAUAAAAUACAACAACUUAUUGCAGCAUAUGGUCAAAUAGCCCACAAAUUUUUAAACCCCAGAAUGCAAAAAAAAGAACUUUGGAAAGAAAUAUCACAUGUAGUAGGAGAGAGUCCAAGUAAUUGUGAUAGAAAAUUCAGAAAUUUAAAACAAACAUACAUAAGAUUAAAAAUGAGAGCAGAAACUGGUAGAUCUAUAACAAAGUGGUAUUACUAUAAGGAUUUUGAAUCAAUAUAUGAGAACAUUAACUACAAUAGCAGUGGUAGCAAUCCAAGACUAUUGUACAAAAACCAGGAUGUAGAUUAUGUUCAUCAAUUGCUAGGUUUCUACUUAAAUAAUAAGGAAAAGUUUAGAGACCCAUUAAUGAAAAAGAAAAACCUAUGGCGACAGAUAGGACCCACUUUAGGCCUCUCCACGGAAGAGUGUGAUAAAAAAUUCAGAAACUUAAAACAGACAUACAUUAGACUAGCAGAGAAAAAAAGAGCAACGGGUAAAUGUAACCAAUGGCCAUAUUACACUUACUUUGAACAAAUAUAUGAUCAACCAAAAGUAAAUAGAAAUAGGGAGUGCAAUCACAGGUGUGCUAUUGACAAUGUCACAUUAACAGAAAUUAAAACGGCUGUUAGAAGUAUGCGUCAGAAUGAAGGAAAAGAUAAGUUUGAGAAGUUGGUUCAAGUAAUUGAAGAUUCAAAUGCAAUCCAGAGGGAGAGAAACAAUAUCCUUCAUGCACUACUUAACAGGCAUUAACAUGUGUUGACAUGCGAGAAACAGGAACGGUAACACCACUUGAUUUAAACUUUGUUCAUGCAUACAAAUUUUAUCUCUUAGAGGCAGAAGCUUAGCCUGCUGUUGGUGCCUCACAAUUGCACUUAAGGAUGGUUACUGAGAUCUUGGACUACAAAUCAUGAUUAACCCUAUUUUCAGUAGUUCCCCCCUCCCCACUCAGUGUUACAGUUGUAUGAGAAAAUUGGAUUAUUGUUCCUUAAACUUGUAAGUACAAGUUUUGUAUAGUGGCACCAAGUUAGACAUUCAUUGACAUUCACAAAAUAGUUUAGCAGUUGAGUUUAUUUCAAAAGAUAAUUAAAGGUAAAUAAAAGGCAAAUAGAAUUGUUUAAAAAUGGUUUUAUUAAUACCGUUCUUACAUGUUUAUAUGUACAGUUUUCAAUCUGAAACGUGUCGCAAUUUGAAUAAUGUCUCCGGCAACUAGUCGACAAUGACUUAAUGUACACUGAUUAUGCUUACCUCUUAACUUAAAAAUACAUCUGUGUGAAUAAAGGCUUAUCAUAAAUUUGACGUCAAUAACACUAUACCACAGUUAGGAAUGAAA